AUGGCUGAAGAUACGAUCAACAAUAUCUGCAUUCCUAUCCACUUGGAUGCGUUUGUCUUGUCACCGGGGAGCUGUGAUGGACAAAGCUCCAUUGCACCUUUCACCCAGCCAAAUUACACGUCUCUUCGUCUUGACAGCCAUCUCAUCCAACACGAUGUGGUGGAUCACGUUGACUUUCACUCAUCUUCCCCAGCCUGGAUGAACCCUCGCAUUGCGGACCUCGGACGGCCACCUGGCGAUACACCUACCAAUGCCAACUUUACCAACAAACGGCAGAAUCGUAUGGGAGUGCAUCUCUCAUGGUCACUCCCCCGAUUUUAUCGCAGUGCCACAGCAAGUGGGAAACGGCCUAGGACAUCAGAUAAACCUGAGGAUAGUCCCAAUCCAAAUCCUAUAUUCCAACAACUUCCCAAUCGCUGGCUAGUAAUCAGGAGAGUCAACAACUGGACUAAAGCAUGCCCAUUAGAUGAGUGGCAGUCCUGGGUUAUAGAGAGUGAUGCAGUCCAGAAGAUUACUGAAAUCACAGAUCCCAACAUUGACAUCGAAAGCGAGCUGGCUCCAUUUGUGGACUAUCACAAUGAUACAAAUAGCAAGCAACCGUCCAGCUCCCGGGACAAGAUCGCUCUUGGGCAGAAUGACCCGCAACUUUUCGCCUCCCAGACAGAGAUAUUCCUAGGCCAGAAAUUCAAUCUUCAAGACUGGACAGAAUCAAAGGCAAACCGCCACUUGAAAAGCUUCACGGUCAUGAGCUCCUCAAAUCCACUUUUCGCGGACAACGCACUUCACAAUAUCAAUGUUCUCUCACUCAUCGACAACUUUCAAUUCAAAGACGGCCAAAAUACCAAAUACCUCGACAAGGUCGAAUGUGAUUAUUUUGUUCUUGGAUGGCAUGCUGAUGCAACCUCCGAUCCACUGAAUUCUAUAGCGCCUAAGUCACCUAAAGACCUUGCUUCGCGGCUCUCAAACAUGCUCAUGACCUUGAGCCCACAGCUGGCGGACGAUGAUGCAAUAGCAAGAUCUCCAGACCCCAGAAGAACACUCCUCCACGGUGCCAUCUAUGGAGUUGCGUACGAUUACAACUACAACCCAAAUGCACCUCCGCCUGAUCCGAAAGAUCCAAAUGCGAAGCCACUCAUCGUCAACCUUGCCAACAAAAGUGCUCAUAAAUUCACUGAUGAUUUUGACAUGGAACCGCUCUCGGUCGGGACCACGCCUCUGGACGGGAUAUUGACUUUCCUGCAGGCCCACCAAGCUAGUUCUGAGGCAACAUUUGGUCAGGAUACGAAAACAACUGUUGACUUGCUUCUGAGCAUUUCUCAGCUGCUUUACGCCACUGGAGACAACUACGAUUCGAGGAUCCAGGCUCAAGACCUGAUCGCGCAGCAAAACUUUUCCAGAACAGAUGGCGGUUUGAGCUGGAUAUUCAAUGCUCCCACGCAGCCCGGAAACCCUCCGGUGUUCCCGAACAGUACCACACAAACGCAGCUGGCGCAUCUCAACGAGGCUCAGUCAAGGUUGGACACAGCUCAGCGAAAGUGCAAAUCAUUGCAAUGGCAGCUUUUUGCGGAAUGGUGGAAGUUUUCAAGCCUCUCCAUUUCAACAAGUAUGGGCAAAACCGAGCUAGAAAACACGUUGCGCCCGAUCAGGACGCGCGUGAAGCAGUUAGUGGACUUGAUCACGGCGACAAACAAGUAUAUUACUUCGCUGACCGACUUCCUGAAACCAAGCCAAAAUGUUGCGAUGUACAAGCAAACUGCCAAAGAACCAUAUCGAGGCAGACUUGAUCCGACUUUAUGUAUAGCCGGUCUGGAGUCGGGCUGGCCGAAAGAUUGGGAUAAAAGCCUCCCAAUACGUCUUCAUCAAGAGCUCGCCAAAGAUGACAGUACUGCAGAUACUAUCUUCGGCAACAAAACUUCAAACCCGAUACCGAUUGACAGAGAUCUCCACAUAACUGCACGAAGAAUUUUGACAGAGUGCGUACGGAAUUCGAAGACGCACAAUGGCUCAACUAAGAGCGAUGGAACGUUUGACCCGCCCAAUGUGACUGGAUUCCAGAAUUGGGGCAAUCGAAUUCCCUUUGUGCCACUGUUUAUCGAGUGGGAAGGCUUAUAUUAUCAUGUUGGACCAAUGAAAGAUAAAUGGGACAUUGAAUUGCGUCCUACCGCUAUCGGACAUCAUCACCCUACUGUUCGCUAUACUCCCAAGGAGGUAUUGUCCGACAAUGCGCAGAACCAUGAGGAUUUCAGAACGGUCAGUGGAAGAGUAUUGGUCCUUCCACAGCCUGUCUUCAGUCUGCAAGCGCUAGUCAAACAAGUCAUCGAUGAUGCAUCGAACAAUAGCGGUUUGACUGAUACGGACAAGGCCAUUAUACGAGAUCAUAUUCAAAAGAUUCAAUUUGUGUCAGCACCUUUGUCUGGUCUGACGAAUCACCUUUUGACGAGAGUCGAGGGAGCGCACGUCAAGCCCAAUGUGAGGACUCAGGACGCAAAAGAUCCAGCUUCAAGAACUGUGCAACCUCUUGCAGCGGCCUUUCAGCCAACCAUCAAUAUUAACGGAGCAGAACUCCAGCUUAUCGACGCAGAGAGCGCUCUUACGCCUUAUGGCGACUUCUUCCCCUUCAAUACCGGAGAAUAUCCUGGUGUACCCUUCAAACCGGUCACUCAUGGCCAGAUGAUUCUGACUAAGUUGAACAUUGUUGAUAAAUUUGGGCAAGCAAUAUGUAUGCCCAAGGUGCGUCGACGGAGGCGACAACCGGCACAACUCCCGACAUCAAACAUUUAUCCUUGUCUCAGUGACUAUCUAUCUCCAGAUGCCGUUGAGAGUCCAGACGGCAGCGCAAAGGUUCUGAAUACGGUGCUACCUGAUCCUAAGCACGCCCAACUCGUGCCUGGACAGUGGCCACCAUGUCAGUACAUACAGCUUCCACCUGGCAUCAAUCAAGAUGCCAAGAUCAAUGGCUCCUUUCUGGUCCGUGACACCCUUGACGUCGUCUCGAAGGAAUAUACUCCUUGGCGCGAGGCUACCGACUAUGACCCCAUGAUCUGGGGCUGGAUCAUCAUCAACUAUGCUGAUAAUGGUCUUCAACUCUUCCUUGGCGAUGGUACUUUCUAUGCUGAGAUCCGUCGUGGAGGUGUUGAAGGUACAAAUGUCUCUCCAAAAUGGCUCCCAUUUGAGAAACGGAAGACUGGUGAUGAACCCCAGAAUGCUGAAGAAGAACAGCUUUACGAACUGCUGCAAAAGUUGCGAGACCCCCAGUAUUUCCAGUUGUUUGCUGAUAUGAUCAAUGGGUCCAUCGUGAACAUGCCGUUCCCGCCUUCGGAUUACAGCGCAUAUGCCAAUGCCAUCAUCGGAAAACCACUCGCACUCGUCAACGUUGGCUGGAGUCUGGAACUUGCAGAACCUGCCAUCAAAUCACAGAAUAGUCUUGGUAACCGACCGCAGUGGGAAGGCAACGUCAAUAACAAUGCCAAAAGUACCCAACCAACAAAUGAGAGCUGGGAGACGCGAAUUAACCAGUGGAAUGCAGAGAUCUCCAACGACUUCGAAGGCAGCGAAAUCAGCCAGUACCAGUUCGCACUCAAGAUUGGGGAUAUUGAGCGAAACUAUGACGGUGUGGUGGGAUAUUGGUACGCCGAUAAUACCCAAAAAUCAUCUGUUUCUCACUGGGAGACGACGUACACAUACUUCUAUGUCACCUGGGAUAAUCUACUUGCAGGUACAUCUCUGCACCUUCCAGGAACGACUCGACCCUCGACCUAUACUGUUGUGACCGGUGAUACUUUCCAGUCAAUCGCGACAUCUCUCAAAGUCACCGCAGCGGCUCUUAAGAGUGCGAAUCCACAGAUUCCGGAGCCAACUGCUCCAAGUAAAGAUGGAAAGACCAACACUUUCCAGGCUAUCCAGCCUUCAAACUUCCUGCAACUGUCACCAUACUACAUUGAUCCCCUCGCAUUUACUUCAAGCAUCAGUCUAACUGUCCCCCAGAUUUCGACGGUGGCGGCACCUGAUCCCUCAAUUUCUUUCCUUGCUGCGCGAGCUUCAAAAUAUACGGUCACACCAAUGUUGUUGGAUCCAUACACAUCUAUACAUGGGUACAGUCCCGUUCUGCCCACCAAAAUACUCACUCUACCUCCAUUCGCCAUCCAACAGGCCUUUCAGAAGAUGCAUGCAUUUUUCCAUCUUGGUCCCUUGCUUCUCACUAGUGAUGUGCCGCCUACUAUCCAGUUAGCAAAGAACCCUCCAUCGCUGCAACCACCAACAACUCCAACGCUUGUCAGUCCAGCUACACCAGUAGUCAAUCCGACCCCACCAACACUUGUAUCAACGACCCCGCUCAACGUCGUCAAUAUCCCUGUGUCUGGCCGAAAGGGGACGUGGAGCUGGUUUCAGCCUUAUGCUACAAACGAUGAUGCACAGCUGAAACCCGAGUAUGUAGAGAUGCCAGUGGAAGAGGAUCAGGGUAAUAAGAAGUUUGUGAAAGGUCCUUACACAUUCAUUGAGGGGUAUCUGCAACUUCUUGGUAGCCUUGCACAGAAGCAAGCCGUACAGAAGGCCGUCAACGGUUAG